CAGCUUUACUUGAUCCAAGCGAAUAAACUUAACGGUAUAAAACGUAGAGUUCAGCAUACUGUAUUUUAAUAGAUUAUAACCAGAAAUUUACCGUAGGAAAUGAAAACAUCAACAAAUAUGACGUUUAUGUUAGUGUUAUUCAUGUUUGUUAUUGUUGUUUCACCAAUUAAUGCUAUGGGUGUUUCGAAUGCUACACCAGCAGAUUCAUAUGCAAGUAUUGACCAGGCCUAUGGCAUUUAUUGUGGGCUGAGUUGCACCGAUAGAAAGAACUUUCGAUUUUGCAUGAAUGAAAAUAAUCUGAAAAUUGUUCUAGAUUUCGGUAAAAAUUGUGCUCAACAAAUACAAUUUUGUCUAACCACAGAAGAGUGUUGCGAGGUAGUUUGUAUUCUCCGCGAGACAUCUCCAGAUUUAUACGCCCAAUAUCUGGAAUGUUGCACUUCAGCUACAGAUGCCUACAGUCUCUCCAAUCCAAGAACUUAUCCCACUCUUCAAGAAUGCCUGGAGAAUGCAAAUAAAUGUUAAACUAAAGAAAUUGAAAUUUCUCCUCUUCGUUGACAAUUUAUUGAAGAAUUUUGUAAAACUAAUCUUUAUAAUUUUUAUUUGUUAUAUAAUAAAUUGGUAUAAGUA